GAAGGAAGACAGGAACCGGAUUCGGACCACCGGAAGAGGGUUCUCGGAUAGGGCGCCGCGCUUUACCGGGGAGUAAAACCAACGGCGGAAGAAAAAAGAAAAAAAAAAAGAAAGAAGACGGACGGGUAAACAGAAAUUCCGGGAGGAGAAAGAGGGGGGUUCGACCUCGGUUUUUCCGGUUUGAAGGAAAAGGCCGACGGCGUCCCGACGACCUUGUAGAUCCGGGCGAUAGAAGAACGCCGGCUGGCCCAUGAGACGCAUCGCGCUGGGCUCGCUUCCUUCCCUGUGGCUGAUGACCGCAGUCGUGGCCCAGAGGAUCGUCUAUCCGGAGGAGGGACGUCGCCCGUCCGGAUACUAUUCCCAACGCCUUUCACCGCCCAGGAUCCGGUGCGAUCCCAGAGACACCUAUUGCGAGACGGUAUCUAACUACCCCCUGAAAGAAAUCCUCGGGGCGGUCAACGGCAGCUUCUUCCGCUCCCUCGGACGGAGGGAGGGGGAUCGCCCGGCAGUGGAGAGUCGACGAAGGCCGACGGAAGCAGACUCGGAAGAGACCAGGGUUUGUCGAGUGAACAGACGUCUGGUGUUUCCAAAGGCGGCCAAAGACAAAAACGGCAUCUGGAGAUUUUUGAUCGACGACGAACGAGCCUACAGACAGCCGGUGCUGAUCGAGAAGUGCGGGGACGAAGGGGGUCCGUGCUCCGCCAUCCAAGACAACUUGGGACCCGGAUUCAAGACCAGAUGCGCCCAGAAGUAUAUCUCGAAACUAAUGAUGGCGUUCGACGAAAACUCGCUGCGGCCCUUUUCCGAAGACUUCCAAUUUCCGGUGGCCUGCGUCUGUUACGUCAGAAAUCGAUUCUAUCCUCUGUCUUCGCCUUAAGGCUGUAUAUCCCUACGGGAAUGUCGACCGAAAUAAAGCUAUUUCCCUUCUUA